CGGAGAGCCGCGCGCGGCCGCGGAGCCUGCGGAGCCGAACCGGGGACCCCGAGCGCCGGAGGCGGCGGCGCCGAGCCCAGGUGGCAGUGCUGCGGAUGGAGGAGCGCUGCGGAUGGUGUGCUGGUGGGUGAAGUCGGCCCUCGCAUCAUGUCAUCAUGUGUCUCUAGCCAGCCCAGCAGUGACCAGACCACCCCCCAGGAUGAACUGGGGGGCAGGGCCAGCAGCAGUGAAGGCCAGAAGCCCUGUGAGGCCCUCCAGGGCCUCUCCUCCCUGAGCAUCCGCUUGAGCAUGGAGUCCUUCAUCGUGGUUCCUGAGUGUGAGCCGGGCCGGGCUGUGGAUCUCCGCCUGGCCCGGGGCCGGACGCUGGAGACUGAUGGCCACGAAGUCUCCCUUAACGCGUCAGGGUCCCAGGCCCGGUUCUCAGCUCGAAAACUGUCCCUGCAGGAGCAACCCCAGGGUAGGCUGACUGCUGGCAGCCCUGAUGUGAACGGUCGCUGCGCCCCCUCCCUGUCCUACUCGCCCGCCAGCUCCCCGCAGUCCUCACCACGGCUUCCCCGGCGGCCCACGGUGGAGUCUCACCACGUCUCCAUCACAGGCAUGCAGGACUGUGUGCAGUUGAAUCAGUACACACUGAAGGACGAGAUUGGAAAGGGCUCCUAUGGUGUGGUCAAGUUGGCUUACAAUGAAAAUGACAAUACCUACUAUGCGAUGAAGGUGCUGUCCAAAAAGAAGCUCAUCCGACAGGCAGGCUUUCCACGUCGCCCCCCACCUCGCGGUACCCGCCCAGCUCCUGGGGGCUGUGUUCAGCCCCGGGGUCCCAUUGAGCAAGUGUACCAGGAAAUUGCCAUCCUCAAGAAGUUGGACCACCCUAAUGUGGUGAAGUUGGUAGAGGUCCUGGAUGACCCCAAUGAGGACCAUCUGUACAUGGUGUUCGAGCUCGUCAACCAGGGGCCUGUGAUGGAAGUGCCUACCCUCAAACCGCUCUCUGAAGACCAGGCCCGUUUCUACUUCCAGGAUCUGAUCAAAGGCAUCGAGUACUUACACUACCAGAAGAUCAUCCACCGGGACAUCAAACCUUCCAACCUCCUGGUAGGAGAAGAUGGGCACAUCAAGAUUGCUGAUUUUGGUGUGAGCAAUGAGUUCAAGGGCAGUGAUGCCCUCCUCUCCAACACUGUGGGCACACCUGCCUUCAUGGCACCCGAGUCGCUCUCAGAAACCCGCAAGAUCUUCUCUGGGAAGGCCUUGGAUGUUUGGGCCAUGGGUGUGACACUGUACUGCUUUGUCUUUGGCCAGUGCCCAUUCAUGGAUGAGCGGAUCAUGUGUUUGCACAGUAAGAUCAAGAGUCAGGCCCUGGAAUUUCCAGACCAGCCUGACAUAGCUGAGGACUUGAAGGACCUGAUCACCCGUAUGUUGGACAAGAACCCCGAGUCUAGGAUUAUGGUGCCGGAAAUCAAGCUGCACCCUUGGGUCACGAGGCACGGGGCCGAGCCACUGCCAUCGGAGGACGAGAACUGCACGCUGGUGGAGGUGACGGAAGAGGAGGUGGAGAAUUCAGUCAAACACAUUCCCAGCCUGGCGACCGUGAUCCUGGUGAAGACCAUGAUCCGGAAGCGCUCCUUCGGGAACCCGUUUGAGGGCAGUCGGCGGGAGGAGAGAGCCUCGUCUGUGCCUGGGACUCUGCUCAUCAAAAAGCCAACCAGGGAGUGGGAGCCCCUGUCUGAGCCCAAGGAAGCAAGGCAGCGAAGAGCUGGCCCCCGCAGGGGAGGAGGAAGUGAUCUUGUGAAAGGUGGUCCCUGCGUGCAAAGUUGGGGGGUCCUGGCCCCUGGCUCCCCCACGCAUAAGCCUCCACAGCAGCCUGAAGAGGUGAUGGAGCCGGAGUAGCGUGUGGACCGCUCGACCUCGCAUGCCUGGCUGUGCUGCCCCGCGCAUGCCUGGCUGUGCUGCCCCGCGUGGGCGGCCGCACCGCGUUUCCAUAGCCGCAUGUCCUACGGAAACCCGCACGUGUAGAGCCUUGACCGUCAUCUCUGGUUACUUGUUUUCUUCCUUGUUAUUUUAAAGGGGACAAAAAAAAAAAAAAAAGACCCUGUGAUGUUGUGGCCGCUGGCUGGCUGGACCCACAGGUAUGAGUUGCAGACCCAAAUCCAUGUGCACUUUGGGACAGUUGCUUUUUAAAAUGUUUUUAUGCCAAAAACAACAACAACAACAAAGAAACAACCUUCAUUGGGAAUUCAGAGCCCUGUGAGAUGUUCUGAGUGAGCGUGCGCAGGCGUGGACUGUCGGGAAGCAGGCACGCACGAUGUGGCUGUUUCCAGAGGGAGUAGAAAGUUCAGGUCACUCCUGUGAAAACCCCAAGCCGUGGAAUCUUCCAGAACAGUGCCUGGAGAGCAGGGCUGGCACUCAGAGCUGCAGGGAGCUGCCACACAAUUCAUACGCCAGAAGGACUUAUGAAUGCUUUGAUGUCAGGAUAAUCAGAAGGGCUGCAAGUCGUAUUGCUUCGUAAAAUGGAUUUUCCAGCCUAGCAGGGGUUCGCCAGGCGUGGUAGGGAAAGGCUUCGCCUGGGCUCCUGCUGGUGCACAGUGGGUCUCUGGUGGUGGCUGGCCAGGCACUAGUGAAGCUCGUUGUUAAAUGAUAAAAACUUUAGGGUGAAAUCCUACACUUCCAUGUACAUUACAUGGCUUACGAUUCAACAUACAAAUGAAUUCCAGUUCUCUAGACUGAACUCUAGGGAAGUUGUAGAAGAUUCAGUUGUCUAGACUGAACUCUAGAGAAGUUCAGAAGUUACUUGGAGCUUCCAGGUCUUGUGUCACGGCUCCAGCCUGGUGACACCUGCGCCUGUGUAUCAGCAGCUCCACUGCCAUGCCUCUGAGCUUUCCUUUCAUCCUAGCUGCUUGUGUGAACCCCACUGCAGCUUCCAGGGCCACGUGGGGAUGCCGAGAUUCAGUGGCCAUCCUUGGCAGCACAAUGUGAGGGUACACACGGUGAAAUGGGGACACCCUUUCGGAACAUUGUUGAGACUCCGGGUCCAAGCAACCCAGGGCUUGGCACAGGAAGUUACCUUUGGUAACCAGUAGCCCAGAGCAAAAAAGGUGAUUUUUUUUUUCCUUCCAACCAAUCUUGGGAAGUUUGGUUGAGGUUUGGAUGUGACUGUUGCUGCCAUCCAGGGGUGGGUGUGCGUGAGGUUCAAGGGGAGGGCAGCUGGAAGGGCUGUCUUGAGCUCUGCUCCCCAGUGCAUUGCAGGGAAAUGGGGUGUUGAUAACAGAGCUCGGAAGACCCCGUUUCUCUUGUUUUCUGCCUUGGUUCUGGGACUUUCUACAGAGAGAGAGCGAGGCUGGUUCCCCUGCCCAGAGCCACAGAGUGCUGGCAUUCUUGGCUUCCAUAGGUUUUUCUUAUGCUCUUGACUGUAGUUUAGCCAGACUUUUCUUGUGUAAGUAUAGCAUUAGGGCAUGCUGGUUCUGAAGAGCAAGGACUCCGGUCUCGGAGGGGUCCCUCGCCUGCUUGCUUUGUGUCUGUAGUCAAGUAUUUCCUCUUGCCCUCCCCCUCUUUCAGGGGAAAGCACCCAGUAGCUCCACCCUCCAGUAGCAGAUGGGGUCUGGUAAGUUCGCAAUAGCACCUUGCAGUGGUUUAAGCCAACCAGUCCUUAGUCUCCAUCCAACCUGCCUGGGUGGACACCAGCCUGGGGAAGGAAGGGUGCAGCGCAGAACUCUCCGGAGCCCCUUGUGUUUACACAACAGCAUCAGGCAAUGCCAUUUCUCAUUUCUCCUACCACGGAACCUUCCAUCCAAGAUGUCCUAUGUGGAAUGCCAGCCACCAGGCAACAAACAGAUGUUCAGGCAGGUGGUGGGGGAAGGGCCACAUCAAUAACAUUAAAAAAAAAAAAUAGCAGGGUGCUGGUGGCUCAGGCCUGUCAUCCUAGCUACUCAGGAA